CGUAAGCUAGUUAGGUGAAUACUUACGCUUCUCUGUCUCACUCUCUUUAUGCUUUGCGAUCAAGUGACUCUGUGAUGAUUGUGGAGUGUUCGUCAGAGACUGAAAGAUGGGUGAUAAUUGGCGCGACAAGUAUUUGGCACGAUCAGCAUGAGUGGCGAGGAGUGUUUUUCGGCCGUCUUCCACCGGAUACAGGAAGCCGGCGAGAGUGUCCAGUAGGCAGAAAGAACUUCCGCACGCACCUGAAGAGUGGCCAGAAGUUUCGGCGAUGCCUUCAGUCGUCGUCAAGCUUGAGAAUGAGUCGCAAGGAUUUCCAGUGUGUCUUCUGCCUGUUCCUCCUCAUGGGGGAUCAGUGUUCCUGGCCAGAGGCCGCCAAACUGCCCGCCGAAGUGACUGAGAGUGAUACUGAAGUGGCUGCCGGAUCGGAGAGUCUCCCCAAUACGCACUAUCACCGGUUGCCAAACCAUCUGCCGCCGCCUCCACCACCCACAGACUUCUAUCCUUAUCCGCAGAGGCCUUACUAUCGUCCGGCGGAGGAUGACACGCUGCAUGAGAUGAAGGAGACCGUGGCGACGUUCUCGAGCAUGCAGAAGCAAUUCAUGAACACGCUGAGAGAUCUGCAGGAUGCCCAGAAUUCCCCGCCGGUGAUGGAAGCGUCGGGAAAUCCAGAGGACGAGAAACACUUGAGGAUAGCCAAGGACACGCAAGUGGGCGGCAUUCGGGAUGUGAUUGGGAAGAUGGGCAAGAGGAAGAAGACUCGGCCACAAAGCACAACCACCACCGUUGUCCAGACAGUUCCGCAGCCCGUGCAGACGCCAGUUCAGAGCAUCAAUCUCUCGCCGGGAACACGAUUGAGGACAUUCUUCGACAGAACUCUCCCAGUUUCUCAUGCCGAGAGGACUUUCGCCACGAUCAGAUCCGACAUGAUUGACGCUCUCUGGACGGGAUUGACUGUGGCUGUGGUGAAGCUCGCUCCGCUGAUUCUCGCGUGCAUAAGGCUGGUGUUCAAGGCGAUUCUUCCGCUCGUGGGCAUGACGCUGCUCAACAGAUCGGCCGACGUGCCUGUGCAGGCAGUUCCCGUACAGGCAAUGCCAUCAACAGUGCAGUUCAUGCCAAUGAUGCCAGUUGUUCAGGACACGACGACCACCACUGUGCAGCAGGAUGUGGAGCUGGAUGAAGACGCACUGCUGGACGAUGAAUUUGAGAUGAUUAAGCGCAACUUCUACAGAUAAGACUGGCGAUU